CCUCUCGCUCCUACACUCUACACCCACCUCCACCACCUUUUGAUUUUUUUUUUCUUUCUCUCUCUUCUCUUCCCAAUCUACCCCCACAAAAAUACUCAAAUUUAAAUACAAAUACGGAAGAAAACAUGGCCCCUCCAACCUCCUCGUCUGCUCCCUUCUCCAUCCCUUUUGCUUCUUCAAACCCCUGAAGCCAGCCAGGAAAGGGGGGGCAAAAAUUUUAAAACCUCCGAAAGUUAUGAUUCUCACGUCCCACCAGCAGUACUCAAAUCCUUACUUCAAUCCAACUCCACUCCAAAAAAAUUCAGCAAGUCUUCCCCAAAUCUCCACCUUAGGGGAAGCCCCCAUGUCCUAAAAAUCCUUUUUUUUUUUUUGCUCUUCUAUUAGGCCCACCUUCACUAGUCUUCCCAUAAUACCCUUCCAUAGCCAGCCAUGACCGAGGUGCUUCGGUCCCCCUCCCAGCUCCCUUCUUCUCCAAGCCGGCCUUCGCUUUCCUGCGACCUAAAUGAUGGCUCACCGAGCCUUUUAAGCGGCGAUGGGGUCGAGGUGGGGGAGGGCACGCGGGCGGUGGUAGAGAGGAAGAGGGAGAGACGGAGGAGAGGUGAAGAGGAGGCAUCGGCGGCGGAGGAGCAGCUGUCGGUGUUGGCGCUGCUGCUGACGGUGGUGAGGAAGUCGCUGCUUGGGUGCAAGACGGAGGGCGCGCAGGAGCUCCGGGGAGCCAUGGAGAUCGGAUGGCCCACCGACGUGAGGCAUGUCGCCCAUGUCACCUUCGAUCGAUUCCAUGGCUUCCUCGGCUUGCCUGUCGAGUUCGAGCCGGAUGUUCCACGGCGAGCACCCAGUGCCAGUGUGCGUGUGUUUGGUGUCUCUACCGAGUCAAUGCAAUGUUCCUACGACUCUAGAGGGAAUAGUGUUCCAACAAUACUCUUGCUAAUGCAAAGACGUCUUUACGAGCAAGGCGGCCUUCGGGCUGAAGGCAUUUUCAGAAUUAAUGCAGAAAAUAGCCAAGAGGAGUAUGUCAGAGACCAGCUAAAUCACGGAAUUGUACCAGAUGGUAUUGAUGUGCACUGCCUGGCAGGUUUAAUCAAGGCUUGGUUUAGAGAACUGCCUGCUGGGGUGCUGGACUCUCUUUCGCCUGAACAGGUGAUGCAAUGUCAAUCAGAAGAAGAUUGUGCUGAACUUGCAAGACUGCUACCACCAACAGAGGCCGCUUUACUGGAUUGGGCCAUCAAUUUGAUGGCUGAUGUUGUCCAAGAAGAACAGCAGAACAAGAUGAAUGCACGCAAUGUUGCAAUGGUAUUUGCUCCAAACAUGACCCAGAUGGCAGAUCCUCUAACUGCACUGAUGUAUGCAGUGCAAGUGAUGAAUUUUCUCAGAAUACUGAUUGUAAAGACACUCAAGGGAAGACAGGAACCCACUUUAGGGGAUGCUUCGAUCCCCCAUUUAGAUCCAUCAGAUGAAAAUGGUCAUCACAGCCCUCAGCUUCAUCUGGAGAGUUGCGGUGAAGAAGCAAAGGAGCAAGUUUUUGCUCCUGAAGAACCUGCUUUAGAUAGCCCCAUCCGCCUUCCUGAAGAAACUACCACCACAGAUGAGGCAGCUGAGACUUCUCAAACCUCUGACAACAAUACUGUCCCAGAAGGAACUGCAGUGCAAUCCACCGAUGAACUCUUUUGUGAGAACCCAGCAUGUACUGAUGGUUCAACUAUUGGCCCAGAAAUUGCUGCUAAUGGUUCUAAUGCAGUUCGUGUAAAUUCUCGUAGGAACAAGACAGGACGGUCAAGCAGUUUCAGUCAUAAGAAAGGAACAAGAAAAGCUAAAGGACACUCCGCCAUUCGAGCAACCCUGCCCACUGAGAAAUCAAGGGGGGCCAGCAUUGUGAGUCGUAUAAAUUCAAAGGUAGAGCGUGUAGAAGCAUGGAGGUGAAAACUGUUAGAUGGGUCUGUUUCAUUACAUGACUGACUUGUAUUUGACUAUAGUUUUGAGUUGAGGUAUCAUGAAUUUGCUUUGAAUGUUUUGGUUUCUGGUUGUUGUAUGAUUUUCCUGUCUUGACGCAUUCUAUGCUAACUGUUCCUGUUUUCUGAAACUUACGUUUGGGUGAUGAAGAUGUGCCUGUUUCUCUUGU